AUGACUGCGAAAAUCAUCUGUUGUGGGUAUUGUUUGAACGACAUCGGCGAUGAGGACUACGUGUCGGCGCUCGGACAAGAGUGGCAUAAGGACUGCUUUAGGUGCUCAGAAUGCGACGACCAGCUGACGACGUGGUACUUCGAGAAGAGUGGUAUGCUGUUCUGUCAAACAGACUACUGGGCGAGAUAUGGCGAUAACUGUCAGCAAUGUGGUCAGGUAAUAACUGGGCCUGUGAUGGCGGCGGGCGAGCACCGCUUCCACCCGGAGUGUUUUUCGUGCGAAGCAUGUGGCGCUCCACUGGAGGACACGGAGCCCUACGCACUGCUCGAACGCUCCAAGCUCUACUGCGGCGCGUGCUACGCGGAGCUGGCCCGGCGCGGCCGCCGCGACGCGCACGCCGUCCGCGUGCUGCGCGCGCCCCCGCACGCGCUGCGGCUCUCGCCCGGCGCCGCGGGCGCGCUCGUCGUCACCCAUGGGCGUUGCGCAGAUAAACUGCGAGACGCGGCGCGCGCGCUGCUGCGGGCCGCGCUGCGGGUGUGCCUGCAUCUCGCCUGCCGGAGAAUCGACCCAAGCGUCGGUAUGCUGACACUGCACAUCGGGGACAAAGUCUUGGAAGUUAACGGGACGCCGGUGCGGAACACACCUUUAUCUGAAAUUGAAAGAGUUUUGGCUAAACCAGAAAUAAUACAGUUAACAAUCGAACACAAUCCAGACACAAUAAACGCUAAACGUGGUACUUCAGAUACAGAAAAAAACUUGGUAGACGACAGGCUUAAAAUGGAAAAAGAACCUCCUGUCGAAAAGAAAAUAUUCAAAGAAGACUUAAAAUUAAACAUUCCCAAAUUACAUUCCAAUGAGGGGAAGAGUAACGAAGACAUCAGAGUGAGAAGAGAAAGACUGUUUAAGAGAAAAGGGGAAGACGGGGGGAAAGUUAGAGUGAUUAAAAAGAGACAGGUCCCUUCCUCCCCUCUGCUAGGAGAUAAGGAAAAGAGUAGUAGCAUGUCGAAAUUAUUAGAUGUAGUGGAGGGAGACGAGGUUGAUGGUGUACUGGGAGAUCUCAGCAGAGCAAGAUCAUUUCGAACGGAGACAGCGUCCGGACAGAAAGUUUUUCGUGCCUCUGAUCUUUUGCAGGGAGAGUUGCUCGGCAUGGGGUUCUUCGGGCAGGUGUACAAAGUGACGCACCGCGCCACGGGCGAGGUGAUGGUGCUGAAGCAGCUGUACCGCGUGGACGAGGAGGCGCAGCGGAACUUCCUCAAGGAGGUGGCCGUGCUGCGCUCGCUGAGGCACCGCAACGUGCUCCGCUUCGUGGGCGUGCUCUACCGGGACCGGCGCCUGCACCUGGUCACCGAGUACGUGGCCGGCGGCACGCUGCACGCGCUGCUGCAGGACGGCUCGCGCGCGCUGGGCUGGGGCACGCGCGCGCGCCUGGCGCGGGGCGUGGCGGCGGGCGUGGGCUACCUGCACCGGAGGAGCGUCAUCCACCGCGACCUCAACUCGCACAACUGCCUCAUCAGGCCCGGCGAGGAAUUAACGGUAGUAGUAGCGGACUUCGGCUUAGCGCGUAUCGUACAGAGAACCGCGAGUAAUUCCUUGCCCAACGCUUCUCUUCGCCGAAAACGAUACACUGUUGUUGGCAAUCCGUAUUGGAUGGCACCGGAGAUGAUGAACGGAAAAGUGUACGACGAGAAGGUUGACGUGUUCUCUUUUGGCAUCAUACUUUGUGAGAUAAUAGGGCGUGUGUCAGCGGACCCGGACUACAUGCCGCGGCGCGGGGAUUUCGGGCUCAACGAGCGCGCCUUCCAGGAGGCCUUCUGCGCGACCUGCCCCGAGCCCUUCUACCGCCUCGCCUUCCUCGCCUGCGACCUCGACCCCGACGCCAGGCCGCCCUUCGACGUGAUGGAGCUGUGGCUGGAGGCGCUGGAGGCGCAGCUGGCGCGGGGUGCGGAGCCGCGCGCGCUGCUGGCCGACAUCCGGCGGUACGCGGCCGGCCGCCGGCGCGCCGACCCGCCCGCCCUGCCCGACCUGCCCCACGAGAGCCCGCGCGCGGCGCCGUGCCGGCUGGGCAAGUGCGUGUCGGCGGGCGCGCUGGCGGGCCCGCGCGCCGCCGCGCCGCGCCUCAGCCGCAGCGCGCUGGCGCUGGCGCCGGGCUACAUCGUGCGCGCGCGCGGCGACCGCCUCGACGUCACCAAGGUGGACGACAUAUCCGAGUGGCUGGAACCGCCACCGCUCAAGCGAAGUAGUCCCGACGCAAACCUUAACGAUCUUCUCGCCGACCAUAAAACGAGAAAAUUGCACGAGGACACCCACCUGCCGUGUUUCCUCCGCAACCAGUCCGUCGAGGGUCUGGAGACCAGCUCCAAACACGAGACGGACACCGGCUUCCCUUUCUGUCGACAUCAGAGCUUUCCCGGACACUGCGAGGAUCGAGACGAUUCCGAUUCGUCGGAUGAUGACUCGUUCGUGGACUCAACGGAGUCGAAAAUAAGCCUCGUGGAUAUCGUCAGAAAGGGGGGAAAUCUUCUAUCACAGAAAGCGAGUUACGACGUCACCGACGUCACUCUGAGACACAAAGAGAGAAACAUAGACAGAGAGGACUGCAAAAGGUUCAACAUCGACUACUUAACGAAGACGCCCUCAAUGACCAAAGCCGUCGAAAAUAUUUCGAAAUGUUCAGACGCGCCCAAACCUGCGGAAAAGACUACGUUUUUUGCAAAGAAAAUCUUAUCACCCAAACUCAGCAGGCUGUUCAAACCCAACUCUGCCGAGGUGGUGAGGAAGCAGGAGACGGAUGAGUCCAAGGAUGACAGAUCUAGAAGUAAGUUUUUUAUUCAGCGACCGACUUCCCCCGGUAUCGCGAGGUCCACUCACCGGGUGAGGCCAGCUGAGGACGAAAAAAAACCGAAUCUGAGCCAGGACGUCCUCAAGAGCGAUCUAAAGCUAGCUAGCAUGGGAAAACCGAUGACGCCAAUAUUUAGGCGACACUUGACCUCCGAAAAGGCAGAUGUCAUCGGUAGGUUCAGCUACCGAGACCGCAGGUACGAGCCAAAGACACAGGAUAAAUUUAACGGCGAUCGGAGUAGGCUGAAAACCAACCCAGUGGAGAAGAAGCUGACUCAGAUGAAUCGCAACUCACAGAGCAAUGUACCCGCGCUGGCACCGCUCGUCGAGAAGAGAGAUAAGAUGAGCAUCGACAAAGGAAAAGUUCGAGACGUCAAGGAUACACCGAAACGUCGUGAGAUCGGCAUAUCUCGCAGUAAUUACGUGAAGCUGGCCAACUUGAGGAUAAGCAAGGAGCUGGGGCAGACGGUCAAGGAUAAGUCUAAGGUAGAGGCGGACGAAAAUUCACCUCUCGAAAGGGCCAUAUAGUUAAUAGUUUAUUUAGCCAUAUUGCAAUAUAUGCUAAUUAUCAAACGGAA